GUUUCGGUUUCAGUUGUCCUUCAUACAUCCCCAUACACAUCCACCUAAAUCUGUCAAAGUAGGCCUACAGACAAACCUUCGUAUAAUAUUCAUUUAAUAUUCAUAUAAAGGAGCUCAGAAAGGAAGACUUCUCGAUUCAAUUCCACCGUGGGGUAGGCUGCAUCUGCAUGGCGGCUGGAUCCCUACUGCACAGAAAAGCAGUGUUAUCCUUCAUCAAGUCUCGAAACGGGGGAAAUAUAGUCCAUUUGUGUUUUCUUUUUUUCUUUGGUGCACAACGAUGGUCCGGCGGGUGCUAGUUAUUGGAGCUGGCGCUUCGGGUCUGGUCUGUAUCAAGACUUGUCUGGACGAGGGUCUGGAGCCUGUGUGCUUUGAGAGCAGUGAUGACAUUGGCGGACUGUGGAGGUUUGAGGAAUCACAGAGUGAGUCAGAGCGCACUAGUAUCUAUCGCUCACUGGUAACCAACACCAGCAAGGAGAUGAUGUGUUUCAGUGACUUCCCCAUGCCUGCUGAUUACCCAAAUUAUCUGCACAAUGCCCAGCUUCUGCAAUACUAUCGGCUUUAUGCAGACCACUUCGGUCUGCGCAGACACAUUCGUUUUCAAAUCAAGGUGACACAUGCCAGGCCAAGGCCAGAUUUCUCCCAGUCUGGUCAGUGGGAUGUGAUCACAGUGGACCGGGAAGGGCUGGAGGAGAAACACAUCUUUGAUGGGGUUCUGGUGUGUUCUGGACAUUACACACAGCCAAUCUGUCCCCUAGGAGAAUUCCCAGGCCAUGAGCAGUUCACCGGCAGAUGCCUCCACAGCUGGGAGUAUAAAGACGCAGAUGAUUUCAGAGGGAAGAGAGUGGUGGUGGUGGGCAUCGGUAGCUCUGGAGGAGAUUUAGCUGCGGAGAUAAGCAGAUCUGCAGCCAAAACAUUCCUUAGCACACGGAAGGGGGCCUGGGUGGUGGGUAGGAUGUCCAGUGGGGGUCUUCCCCUGGACAUGAUAGCCAUCAGCAGGUUCACCAACACCCUAAAGAACCUUCUCCCCAAAAGGCUGAUAAACUGGGCGUCAGAGAGAGUCUUGAACCAGAAAUAUGAUCACAGACUUUACGGGCUGAUGCCCAGAAAAAGGAUCUUAGAUGGUGGGGUGUUGAUAAACGAUGACCUGCCUGGCCGGAUCCUACAAGGAGGGCUGGUGAUGAAGACCAACCUGUGUGGCUUCACAGCCUCCGGGCUUGUGUUUGAAGAUGGAACAGUGGAGGAAGACAUCGACGCUGUGGUCUUCUGCACAGGAUACCGGGCUGUUUUCCCAUUCCUGCCCCUGUCUCUUUCUGAUGGGCCAGGAGGCGAGUUGUCCUUGUACAAAAGGGUGUUCCCUCCUUCUCUGGAGCCGCCCACACUGGCCAUCAUGGGUUUGUUUCGGACCAAAGGACCGAUCAUGCCCAUAGUGGAGAUGCAAGUCCGGUGGGCGUUAAAGGUUUUUACAAGUUCAUGCCAUCUUGCCAUUAAAGAGAGAAUGCUGUGUGUCAUUGAUUCUGAGAGGAGGAUAUUCAUGGGAAGUUACCUAAGCAGAACAUAUCCGUCGCAUCACAGUAAUCCACAAGACGCCGCAUUGCAAGUGGAGUAUAUCCCAUACCUGGAUUCCAUGGCUCAAGAGAUCGGUGUUCGCCCAAACAUUCUGUGCCUAUUCCUGACAGACCCUAAGCUGGGGUUGAAGGUGUUCCUGGGGCCAUGCACACCUUACCAGUACCGCCUCACUGGGCCUGGGCGCUGGAACGGAGCCCGCCAGGCUGUCCUCACUCAAUGGGAUCGGGUGGAACAGCCAUUCAGGACCAGAGCAGUGCAGGAACCAGAGUCAAGUAACUGCGGUGCCCUUUCCCUUUGGCUGCUGUCUGGGGCAGCCAUGUUGAUAUGUGGUGUGUCGUGGUGGUCUCUGGAAUAAACUUCCAGCACACCUUCCUUUGUCAGCCCAUGACAGAUCCCUGUGAUCCACAAAGCAGGACAAUGUGCAGGGACAGGCUGAAGACCUUGGGUCCAGGAUGACCUUGGUAUACAGGAUCAAAAUAUAUAUAUUAUAAUAAUGUGAUUCAAAUAUAUAUUCUUCACAUCAGCAGAGAAGAGAUCCCAGCCUUCAUGAUUUAUUUCCCUAAUAUAUCACCUAAUUAUCUGUGAGCCUUUUUUACCCUAUACCCUUUCGACACUGUAGACCAUAUAAUACUUUUGGACAGGUUAGAAAACUGGGUGGGGCUUUCAGGCACAGUCUUAAAUUGGUUCAGGUCCUACCUACAAAAUAGGAACUACUUUGUUUCCAUUGGCGACUUUGUAUCAGAAUCAACCAACGUGACAUGUGGAGUCCCACAAGGUUCGAUCUUAGGACCCUCUUUAUUCAACAUCUACAUGCUCCCACUAGGGAAAAUCAUGCAAAAUAACAAUAUUGACCAUCAUUGCUGUGCUGAUGACACACAAAUCUAUGUAUUGCUAUCACCAAAUGACUAUCGGCCCAUAGAUCUGCUGUGCCAGUGCAUUGAGCAAGUAAAAGACUGGAUGUGCCGAAAUUUCCUUCAACUAAAUUAGGAAAAAACACAGAUAAUUGUAUUUGGUUCUAAAACGGAAUGG